UGGAGGGUCGCCGCGCGGUCUGGCCGGGCCGGAGCAGCCGCCGCAGCCGCGGGAGAUAAAAGGCUGCUUGACAAUGAAGAAUCACAAGCAGCACUAAAAAGGAAAGCAAAUCAAGCCAGCAACCAAAUCUUCUCCGCUUUCUCCAGAGAACCCCAAAAUUCUUCUUCCCCAGCAGGGGACAGACGAGGGAGAGAGAAACAGGAAGAGGGUUUUUCAGCUGGAAAAAAUUGAAUACGUGAAACUCAAAUAUUACAUGAAAAGAUCAAGGGGGAUAAUUUCCAAAUUGACAAAAAGAGGGAACUAUCUGGAAGUCAGUGGGGAGGAAGAGACUUGGAUGGCCACAUAGGGCAGACAGUCACGCAAGCCUCACCCUGCGAGGAAGGAAACAGUCGCUUGAAUGGAAGCACCACCACACAAGGGAUCAGAAAUUGUCUUGAUCUCCUUCAGAAUGCAGGAAUACCAGUGGUGGAAAAGCCCCACAGAGGUGUAUAUAGUGGGAAAAGCACAGAUUACAGAUCACAGCUGAUUAUGCACAAGAGGACCCACACCAGUGAGAAGCCGUACCAGUGUCCUCGAUGCGAGAAAAGCUUUAGCAAGCAUGGCACCCUGGUGAAUCACAAGAGGACGCACACCAGGGAGAAACCGUAUGAGUGUCCAGAUUGUGGGAAACGUUUUGUUUGGAAUUCCUACCUGGUGAUACACCUGAGGACUCACACAGGAGAGAAACCAUAUGAGUGUCCAGAUUGUGGGAAAAGUUUCAGUCACAAUUCAAGCCUGGUGCAACACCAGAGGACUCACACAGGAGAGAAACCAUAUGAGUGCCCGGAUUGUGGGAAAAGUUUCAGUCGGAAAUCCAACCUGGUGCAACACCAGAGGAUUCACACAGGAGAGAAACGGCAUGAGUGUCUAGAUUGUGGGAAAAGUUUCAGUCAGAAUUCCAGCCUGGUGAUACACCAGAGGACUCACACGGGAGAGAAACCAUAUGAGUGUCCGGAUUGUGGGAAAAGUUUCAUUCGGAAAUCCAACCUGGUGAUACACCAGAGAAAUUACACAGGAGAGAAACCGUAUGAGUGUCCGGAUUGUGGGAAAAGUUUCAGUCGGAAUUCUGACCUGGUGAUACACCAGAGGACUCACACAGGAGAGAAACCAUAUGAAUGUCUGGAUUGUGGGAAAAGUUUCAUUCAGAAAUCCAUACUGGCGAUACACCAGAGGACCCACACAGGAGAGAAACCAUAUGAGUGUCUGGAUUGUGGGAAAAGUUUCAGUUUGAAGUCCAAGCUGGUGAUACACCAGAGGAUUCACACAGGAGAGAAACCGUAUGAGUGUCUGGAUUGCAGAAAAAGUUUCAGUCGGAAUUCCAGCCUGGUAAUACACCAGAGGACUCACACAGGAGAGAAACCAUAUGAGUGUCCAGAUUGUGGGGAAAGUUUCAGUCAGAAUUCCCACCUGGUUAUACAUCAGAGGACUCACACAGGAGAGAAACCGUACGAGUGUCUGCAUUGUGGAAAAAGUUUCAGUCACAAUUCCAGCCUGGUGCAACACCAGAGGACUCACACAGGAGAGAAACCGUAUGAGUGUCUGGAUUGUGGAAUAAGUUUCAGUCGGAAAUCCAACCUGGUGCAACACCAGAGGACUCACACAGGAGAGAAACGGUAUGAGUGUCCAGAUUGUGGGAAAAGUUUCAGUCAGAAUUCCAGCAUGGUGAUACACCAGAGGACUCACACAGGAGAGAAACCAUAUGAGUGUCCAGAUUGUGGGAAAAGUUUCAGUCGGAAUUCUAGCCUUGUGAUACACCAGAGGACUCACACAGGAGAGAAACCAUAUGAGUGUCUAGAUUGUGGGAAAAGCUUCAGUCGGAAAUCCAACCUGGUGAUACACCAGAGGACUCACACAGGAGAGAAACCGUAUGAGUGUCUGGAUUGUGGGAAAAGUUUCAGUUUGAAGUCCAAGCUGGUGAUACACCAGAGGACUCACACAGGAGAGAAACCGUAUGAGUGUCCAGAUUGUGGGAAAAGUUUCAGUCAGAAUUCCUACCUGGUGAUACACCAGAGGACUCACACAGGAGAGAAACCAUAUGAGUGUCCAGACUGUGGGAAAUGUUUUAGUCAGAAUUCCUACCUGCGGAUACACCAGAGGACUCACACAGGAGAGAAACCAUAUGAGUGUCCAGAUUGUGGGAAAAGUUUCACUUUAGUAAGCAUGCUGGUGAAUCACAAGAGGACUCACACCGGAGAGAAAAUGUAUAAGUGUCCAGAUUGUGGGAAAAGUUUCAGUCAGAAAUCCAUCCUGGUGAUACACCAGAGGACUCACACAGGAGAGAAGCCGUAUGAGUGUCCAGAUUGUGGGAAAAGUUUCAGUCAGAAAUCCAUCCUGGUGAUACACCAGAGGACUCACACAGGAGAGAAACCGUAUGAGUGUCCGGAUUGUGGGAAAAGUUUCAGUCACAAUUCCAGCCUGGUGAUACACCAGAGGACUCACACAGGAGAGAAACCGUAUGAGUGUCUGGAUUGUGGGAAAAGUUUCAGUCAGAAAUCCAUCCUGGUGAUACACCAGAGGACUCACACAGGAGAGAAACCGUAUGAGUGUCCGGACUGUGGGAAAAGUUUCAGUCAGAAUUCCAGCCUAGUGAUACACCAGAGGACUCACACAGGAGAGAAACCGUAUAAGUGUCCGGACUGUGGGAAAAGUUUCAGUCGGAAUUCCGAACUGGUGAUACACCAGAGGAUUCACACAGGAGAGAAACUAUAUGAGUGUCCAGAUUGUGGGAAAAGUUUCAGUCACAAUUCCAACCUGGUGCAACACCAGAGGACUCACACAGGAGAGAGGCUGUAUAAAUGUCCAGAUUGUGGGAAAAGUUUCAGUCAGAAUUCUGAACUGGUGGUACACCAGAGGACUCACACAGGAGAGAAACCAUAUGAGUGCCAAGAUUGUGGGAAAAGUUUCAGUCAGAAUUCCCACCUGGUGAUACACCAGAGGACUCACACAGGAGAGAAACCGUAUGAGUGUCCAGAUUGUGGGAAAAGUUUCAGUGUGAAGUCCAGCCUGGUGAUACACCAGAGGACCCACACAGGAGAGAAACCGUAUGAGUGUCUGGAGUGUGGGAAAAGUUUCAGGUGGAAUUCCGAACUGGUGAUACACCAGAGGACUCACACAGGAGAGAAACCGUAUGAGUGUCCGGAUUGUGGGAAAAGUUUCAGUCAGAAAUCCAACCUGGUGAUACACCAGAGGACUCACACAGGAGAGAAGCCGUAUGAGUGUCUGGAUUGUGGGAAACAUUUCAGUCAAAAUUGCAGCCUGGUGAUACACCAGAGGACUCACACAGGAGAAAAACCGUAUGAGUGUCCGGAUUGUGGGAAAAGUUUCAGUCGGAUUUCCAAUCUGGUGAAACACCAGAGGACUCACAGAGGAGAGAAACUGAAUGAGUGUCUGGAUUGUGGGAAGACUUUUAGUCGGAAAUCCAGGCUGGUGAUACACCAGAGGACUCACACAGGAGAGAAACCAUAUGAGUGUCCAGAUUGUGGGAAAAGUUUCGGUCGGAAUUCCGAACUGGUGAUACACCAGAGGACUCACACAGGAGAGAAACCAUAUGAGUGUCUGGAUUGUGGGAAAAGUUUCAGCUUGAAGUCCAGCCUGGUGAUACACCAGAGGACUCACACAGGAGAGAAACCAUAUGAGUGUCCGGAUUGUGGGAAAAGUUUCAGUCGGAAUUCUGAACUGGUGAUACACCAGAGGACUCACACAGGAGAGAAACCAUAUGAGUGUCCGGAUUGUGGGAAAAGUUUCAGUGUGAAGUCCAGCCUAGUGAUACACCAGAGGACUCACACAGGAGAGAAACCGUAUGAGUGUCUGGAUUGUGGGAAAAGUUUUAGUCAGAAUUCUGAACUGGUGAUACACCAGAGGACUCACACAGGAGAGAAACCAUAUGAGUGUCUGGAGUGUGGGAAAAGUUUCAGCUUGAAGUCCAUCCUGGUGAUACACCAGAGGACCCACACAGGAGAGAAACCAUAUGAGUGUCCAGAUUGUGGGAAAAGUUUCAGUACUAGGUCUAGCCUUAUAAGUCAUGUAGGUUUACACAUAGGAGAGAAACCGUUCAAAUGCCCAGACUGUGGACGGUGCUUCACACAAAAUUCCUACCUUAACAGACACAAGAAAAUGCACAUGAGGUAGAAGGUGAUGUGUGUAGCGAAGUCUUGAAUUUCACUUCUCAUCUCCCAUUGGACAUCCAGCUGAAAAGUUA